GCAAUGAAGAAGAGAAUUCUGAACACUCUGAUUUAGAAGCACACGCACGCGUUGUUACUUUUGAGUUUCUUUUGAAGAAAUCCCCUUUUUGGACGAGAGGAGAGAUUGCAGUGAAUUCAAGGAAACGAGUUGGCCGUGCAACGAGAACUCCACCAACACUCUAGGGAGACCACACGUACCAUGAGUUCCAAUGCCCACAACUCAGGGCCCACGGCCCAUACCUUAGGCCCAACACCUCUUAAUAAAGCAACGUCGCCGCAGCUAUUCACGCUGCAGUCCAUCCCAGGGCAAGGUAAAGGCCUAGUCGCCUCACGUGCCAUAACCCCAGGCACUCUCCUUAUCAGCGAAGCCCCCCUCUUCGCCAUCCCCUCCGCAGCCAGCGAGCGUGAUUUAGCAACGCACCUCCGGACUCUCCCUAAAGAGUCCCAGCGCGCGUUUCUCUCUUUGCACAAUUCCCGUGCCGGUGCAGGAGAACCGCUAUCUAACAUCGUCCGCACGAAUGCGUACCCCCUAGGUCCUGGCAGUGAUCUUGGGGGCAUCUUCCCGCUCAUCGCCCGCAUCAAUCACAGCUGUCGCCCAAAUGCGCAGCAUGCGUGGAACGGGAAUGAGGGGGAGGAGACUGUGUAUGCGGUGCGUGAGAUUAAGGAGGGCGAGCAGCUCUCACUGUCGUACCACGAGGGGGGCCCAUCGAGCGAGCGCCGAAAGGCGCUUAAAGAGUUCUUUGGCUUUGACUGCACGUGCGAGAUGUGCGGAAUGCUGAAGGAUCAGAUUGAUAUUAGUGACGAGCGGCUUAGGCGGGCCAAAACGCUUGAUAAGGCGAUUGGAGACGCGAGGCGCGUGCGUAUGACGCCGGAUGCUGCGUUGAAGGAUUGUAGGGAGCUGCUAAGGAUCUAUGAGGAGGAACGAGUUGCGGAUCUUAGGGUGCCGAGGCUGUAUUAUGAUGCGUUUCAGAUUUGCGCGAUGCAUUCCGAUAAGGCGCGGGCGAAGGUGUUUGCGGAGAGGAGUCGGGAGGCGAGGGUGAUGUGUGAAGGGGAGAAGAGUGAGGAGGCGGAGAUUAUGGCGGCAUUGGUGAAGGACCCGGCGAGGUUUGAGAACUUUGGAACCACGAAGAAAUGGAAGCUAGAGAAAGUGCCUGGAGGGCUUGAUGGUAUUGAACUUGAAAAGUGGCUGUGGAGGGAAACUUAGAGAGUUGGACGAGAUGUUGAUGAAAGGAAACGGCUUGGAGUAUUUCUGCUUUACCUAGGAUGACAAGAUGGGUAUUGGCCUACAUGAGAAUGAUAGAUCUAGAGGUUAGUUUUGGUUUCAUGAUUGAUGAAUUUCUCAGCUAUUUCAGAGCGAAAAUUGGGGGGUAGUGCGGAGUUACCUCCGUUCCAGGGUUCACAUGACCUCGAUAUUCAAGGAAUGAGCGAGGAUGAAGGUGUGUAGGUAAAUAUCAUCUAUGGAUAUGUGCGUGAUG